UAUAUAUAUAUAUAUAUAUAUAUAUUGCGUGUAAACAAAAGCAACUCGAAUAGAAUUAAAGCAUAGAUCCGCAGGGAGAUAAGGAAAAUUACUUGUGGCCAAAAGAGAGGGCAACGAAUCCAUUAUCCGGUUGAUCAUUCCCAGUAAGUAAAUAAAAAAAAAUGGAUGAGACCAAAAACGACAAAAGAGUGUCGGUGGUGGGAUCGGAAUUCAUUCGAUCUGAGCCGUUGGAUCUGAUGGUCGAGGGAGACACAGUGACGGACAUGGACGGAAACAAGAUGUUCAAAGUCAAAACGCCUCUCUUCGGUCUCCACAACAGGAGGGUUCUGUCCCAUCCGACUGGUGAAUCCCCCAUUGCCACCAUGAAAAUGAAGGUGACAAGCAAACACGACAGGUGGUUAGUUUUCAGAGGGAACAGUGCGGAGGAUCUGAUAUUCACUGCCAAAAGAUCUUCAACGCUUCAACUGAAGACAAAAGUCGAAGUGUUCUUGAAACAAAAUCCAGCCGGAGCGGAAGGAUCUUGUGAUUUUACAAUUAAAGGUCGAUUCAUGAAACGUGCCUCUAUCAUUUGUGCUGGAGAUUCAGAGAGAACCAUCGCUCAGGUUCACGAAGCAGACCACAAAUUGCUUGUGACUGUUUAUCCCAACGUGGAUUACGCUUUUAUUGUCACCCUUGUUCUUGUUUUCGAUCUCAUCAAUACGUCUGGAUCCAACCAAUUCCAUUGACAAAUUAUGAUUCCAAAGGUAUAUAUAAUUAAUAUGAUUACUAUAUACGUACGUACAUAAUGGUACUAUACAUGUUUGUAACAAUCUCGUGUUUAUUAUCAUGUACGCAUGUUACAUAAUGAUACUAUGUAUAUACUAUAUAUAUAUUCCGCCAUUAAUGCAAGCACGUCUAUGUACUCGUGUGUAAUUCAACAUUGUUACACGAGAGAGAGAGAGAGAGAGAGAGAGAAGAAAAAAAACGGC